GGCAAUACACUGUAAGAGCGAGCGGAGCGAUGGCGUCGGCGGGGGGCGAGCGCCUGUCGAGCAGCGACUUCAAGAAGAAGCGCGAGAUCGAGGAGGCGCGCAAGAACGGCACGCUGCCGCCCGAGCAGGAUGCGGACGGCAACCUCAUCAACCCGCACAACCCCGAGUACAUCAGCAAGCGGCCGUGGUAUCUGGGCGACUCGGGGCCGUCGCUCAAGCACCAGACGCUGCAGCACCAGGCGCACCUGCUGUCCAUCCACGAGGCCGACGAGCUCUACCUCAAGGGCCGCAAGCAGCAGCAGCACGCGGCCUCGGGCGCCGGCAGACAGCGCAAGUGGCGCAAGGGCGCGUGCAAGAACUGCGGCGCCAUGAGCCACAAGACCAACGAGUGCGUCGAGCGCCCGCGCAAGGUCGGCGCCUGGAAGACCAACAAGGACCUCAAGAGCGACGACGUGGUUGUGGACGUGCGCUCCGAGAAGUUCGGCAAGCUCGCGUUCGACGCCAAGCGCGACCAGUGGCUCGGCUACGACCCCAAGGAGCACGCCAAGACCAUCGAGCGGUACGAGAAGGUGGACGAGGCGCGCAAGAAGCUGCGCGCCGAGGAGAUCAACAAGAAGCUCAAGGAGUCGGCCGACAAGAAGAAGGAGAAGAAGGCGCGGAAGGACAAGGACAAGGACAAAACGGACGACCACGACACGGGAUCCGACUCGGACUCGGACUACGAGUCGGACAUGGAGUCCGAGGACGAGGAGUUCCGCGACCACGACGAAGGACCCAUGUUCACGGAGCGUGUGGCUCGGCAGGGAGGAGUGGGCGGCGCCCAGAUGAAGACGACGGUGCGCAAUCUGCGUAUCCGCGAAGACACGGCCAAGUACCUGCGCAACUUGAACCCGAACUCGGCCUACUACGACCCUAAGACGCGGUCCAUGCGUGACAAUCCGAACCCGGAGCUGAACCCUGAGGAUACGACAUACAUUGGCGACAACGUGGCGCGCUACACGGGUGAUGCCCAGAAGCUGGCGUCUGCGCAGCUUUUCGCGUGGGAGGCAUACUCCAAGGGUACGGACAUCCACCCGCUUGCAAACCCUUCGCAGGCCGAGUUCCUCAAGAAGCAGUACGAAGAGAAGAAGGCUGCGCUCGAGAAGGAGAAGAGUCGCAAGAUUCUUGACAAGUAUGGCGGCCAAGAGCACCUGGAAGCGCCGCCCAAGGAGCUUCUGCUGGCGCAGAGUGAACACUACGUUGAGUACUCACGCGACGGGCGCGUUGUCAAGGGUCGUGAACGGGCACCCGUGCGCUCCAAGUACAUCGAGGAUGCGUUCGAGAACAACCACACAAGCAUUUGGGGCUCGUGGUUUGACCGCAGUGAAAUGGCGUGGGGAUACGCCUGCUGUCACUCGAAGGUCCGCAAGUCCUACUGCACGGGUGACGACGGAAAGAAGGCACUCGAGGAGUCGAAGACUGCGAACGUUGAACGCGCAAUGCUCAAGCCUCAGGAGAAACUUGAGCCUGGUCAAACUGACGGGUCGGAGGCUGCACAGGCGGGUGGUGUCAUCAGCAAGCGCAGCGAAAUGUACGGCGAAAAUAUUGCACCUGAGCUAAAUGAAAAGAAGCUCAAGAAGGCCAUCAAGAAGGCGGCGAAGGAGAAGAAGAAACAGGCUGAAGUGGACGACAAGAAGCGCAAGUACAACUCCAUGGGCAACUACGAGGUGAACGCGGAGGAGAUGGAGGCGUACAAACUGCUCAAGUCACGCGGUGAAGACCCCAUGGCCAAAGUUCUUGGCAGCGACGUAUUGCUCGAGGAAAAUGACGACAACGCCAAACGGGCACGGCGCUAA